GUGAUCUAUCUUCUGUUUUUCUGUUCGACUUCCGAAUUCCAACAACCUCCAUCGUCGCUAUCAAAGGAAUGAAACCGUGACAGCAAUCGAUAAUUACACAGAACCACGCAGUAGUUGUUGCCCAUUCCCAUGUUGUUCCGUGCUUUCUGGACAUGUCUACUGCUCGUCGGCAUCGGCGUCGACAUCGUAACAUCGUGGGGAGAAGAUGGGUAGGAUGAUAGGUCAUGCUCUGUUAUACUGCUUUAGUUGUUCUCUCUCUCUCUCUCUCUCUCAUGUUGAUCUUUUCCUAUUGAUUUUUGUUGCCAUUGUUAGCCACAUCAUAAUCGGUAUGUACAAUCGAGUUGGGCGAAAUUGAUCGAGCAAAUCGGUCGAAAUACGAAGCACAGAAUUCAUUGCCAGAAACAAAAAUCAUAUUUUAUGCGUCCGUUUUCUCACGAUGAAGAUUCCUCUCAUCUUUAAUUCUUUUUCACAGCAAACUUGGCGUGGCGACGCCUUUCAACGCAGGUUCAGGUCCAAGUUUCUACAAUAUUGAACAUAGCCAACGCCACUCAAGUUGAAGAUUUAGGAUCUCCGAUGGCUGUUGUAGCCAACUGGGCAGACCACGUUAGACCGUUUUUGCCAUGGACUGGGCCAAUGCAUUUCAUAGAUGUGAGAGAUGAUCUUAUCGAAGGCGGAUGUCACUUUCAUUAUGAAUCCUUGAGGACGGGAGGCAAUGAUUCUUCUGCAACCUCCGACCUGUGCGAGUUUCAAUACUACCAUCGAGACUGCGUGAACGAGAUAUGUGUCGCGGGAGCUAUUUUAAAUUAUUCCACACAGCUUAUUGAAGGGCAGCAGCAGCAGAAGCUUGGAACAAAGGAUGAACAAAACUUCAGAAUUUCAUCUUCCUCGCGCCAUUUGAGGCAAGGAUUUGAAACGGAACCAGUGACGAUCGAUUACAGUAUGAAAUACAUGCGACAAGCUCUGAUGUUCCUCAUUCAGUAAGUCUUCGUGCCUCAAAGAUAUUGUCGAUGUACCAUAUUGAGGAACAAUUCAAUUGAUCUUUCUGACACUUUUCUUUCCAAUCCUAAAAAAUCGUAUUUCAAUCUGAAAUGAUAAGUUUUGUUGGUGAUAUACACCAGCCCUUGCACGUGUCGCGAACUUCUGACAGAGGAGGGAACGAUAUUCCUAUCAAAUACAACCCUAUCAAUGAAAAUACAACAUCAUACGCUGGAGAACACAACCAGCGGAAAAAUCUUAUAGAGCAGUAUUCUACCACUCACUACCAUGCUCAUAAUCUUCACUCUGUUUGGGAUACUGCUAUGAUCAAAACGGCACUGGAACGAGAUUAUAGCUCUGAUGCUGAGUCCAAACCUCGAUAUGCAAUGGAAUCAGCUCUGGAAUCAAUUUUGACAAAUCAUACUGACUGGUUAGAGCAAUUCACAAGUUGCCAAAAGGGGUCAGGAGCUCGUCAUUUGGAAUGUGUUAUUGGAUGGGGACAAGAAAGUUGGUCGCAAGCCCUGCAAUACGCGUACACUAAGAACUCGCCAUGGGUAACUGAUAGUAGAGAUAUCAUAGAGGUUGCCCCUGGCGACGAGAUUGAUGAAGCUUAUUAUAGAAGUCGAAUCCCUAUUGUCGAAGAACAAUUGAUUGCAGGAGCUAUUCGGUUGGCGGCUACUCUAGAAGAUAUCUUUGGUCAUAAGGAGGACAUGAAUGGUUGCAAUGGAUCGAAGCCUGGAAUGGUACAGCAGACAUCACGAAUGGAAGGUAUCCGCACGUGGUCUUACAUUUCGCUAUUGCGCUAUUGAACGAGACUGACCCUCAAAGGAGCCAAUUGAAAUUUCUACAGAAAUAUUCCACAAGUAUAGCAGCAAAAGCGAAUCUUCAGACGCAUACGUCGGUUAGUACU